AUGCUUAAACAUCAACAAAUCCACACUGGACAAAAACCUUAUCAAUGUCUGGAGUGUGGGAAAUUUUUUGUUCGAAAAAAAAGUCUCAAAAUCCACAGGAAAAUUCACAUGGAAAUAAAACCUUAUAAAUGCUUCAAGAACUCAUCCCUGCGGCAACAUCAGACAAUCCACACUGGGGAAAGACCCCAUGAAUGCCCAGAAUGUGAGAAACGAUUUCGGAGUCCUUCCUCACUUUGGAGUCACCAAAAGACACACAAGGGAGAAAAACCCUAUAAAUGUAACGAUUGUGAGAAAUGUUUUGCUCUAAAGAAAAGUCUUUUUCGACAUCAGAUAAUCCACACAGGGGAGAAACCCUACCAGUGCAUUGAGUGUGGAAAAUUUUUUCAUAUGAUAGCAAACCUCAGACGUCAUAAGAAAAUUCACAGAGGGGAAAGAAAAUUCAAAUGUUUAGACUGUGGGAAAGCAUUUAUUCAUUCAAAUCACCUUAGAAGUCACUGGCAAGUCCAUACAGCAGAGAAGACCCAUAAAUGCUCAGUGUGUGAGAAAUCUUUCACUCGGAAAGACAGACUUUUGAUACAUCAGAGAACCCACAUUGGAGAGAAACCAUAUAAAUGUCCGGAGUGUGGGAAGUCUUUUUUGUGCGAAGAAUAUCUUAAAAGACAUGAGAAGAUUCACACAGCAAAGAAGCUUUACAAGCUUGUAGAAAGAAAGAAAAAUGAAAUGUGCUCAGAAUGUGGAAGAUUUUUCUCUCAAAGGUCACACCUAAUUCGACAUGAGAGACUUCACGCCGGAGACAGGCCCUAUCAAUGCCCAGAAUGUGACAAGCGAUUUGUGGAGUCUGCUGAACUCCGGAGACACCAGAGGGGGCACACAGGAGAGAAGCCCUAUAAAUGUGGGGAGUGUGGGAAAGGUUUUCUCACAGCAACACUGCUUCAGGUUCAUGAGAGAAUCCACACAGGGGAGAAGAGAGACUCUUCAAGUGCUCUGAGUGUGGGAUAUCCCUACAAAUGUGGAGAGUGUGGGAAGCAUUUUGCUAAAGGCUGGGACAUCAGAUGUGGGAAAUCUUUUGUUUGCAAAAGAAGUGUCAAAAUCCGGAGGAAAAUUCACAUGGAAAUAAAACCUUAUAAAUGCUUCGAGUGUGGAAAAUGUUUCACUCGGAGUUCAUCACUUUGCAAACAUAAUCAAAUACACACAAAGGAGGAAAGCAGAACGUGCCUAGAAUGUGGGAAAUGUUUUUCCAGCAAAUCAGCCCUGCGGCGACAUCAGAGAAUCCACACUGGGGAAAGACCCCAUGAAUGUCUGGAGUGUGGAAAAUGUUUUUCCAGCAAAUCAACCCUGCAGCGACACCAGACAGUCCACACUGGGGAAAGACCCCAUGAAUGCCCAGAAUGUGAGAAACGAUUUGGGAGUUCUUCCAGACUUCGGAGUCACCAAAAGACGCACACGAGAGAAAAACUCUAUAAAUGUAACGAUUGUGAGAAAUGUUUCGCUCUAAAGAAAAGUCUUUUUCGACAUCAGAUAAUCCACACAGGGGAGAAACCCUAUCAGUGCAUCGAGUGUGGAAAAUUUUUUCAUAUGAUAGCAAACCUCAGACAUCAUAAGGAAAUUCACAGAGGGGAAAGGAAAUUCAAAUGUUUAGACUGUGGGAAAGCAUUUAUUCAUUCAACUCAUCUUAGAAGUCACUGGCAAGUCCAUACAGCAGAGAAGACCCAUAAAUGCUCAGUGUGUGAGAAAUCUUUCACUCGGAAAGACAGACUUUUGAUACAUCAGAGAACCCACAGUGGAGAGAAACCAUAUAAAUGUCCGGAGUGUGGGAAGUCUUUUUUGUGCGAUGAAUAUCUUAAAAGACACAAGAAGAUUCACAUAGGAAAGAAGCCUUACGAGCGU